GGGGGGAGCCGGGGGUCCGUGGGGAGCCGGGGGUCCGUGGGGUGCUGGGGGGACUGAGUGGGGCUGGGGCUCAGACCCUGUGGUCCCUGGGGGCUUCCCCGGAGGGAGGCAGGAGCAGGGCACGGCGUGCUCCCGAGGGGCGCAGCCCCGCGUGGGUGAGGCUCCGGGCCUCAGCCCGGUAGGGUUUGGGGGUUGUCUGGUGAUAAAUUAGGGGAUAAAUGAAGCCCACCAUCGCCCACAUCGUGGGACGAGGCCUCUGUGGUGCCUCCCCGGCGUGGGCCUCGCCGUGGGGAGGCUGCGGGGUCCCACGGGAGGCUGGCGCCUGACCCGCGCUCCGUCUCCUCCACAGGGCUCCGCUCCCCGUCCCGGGGGUCCGGGGACAUGGUGGUCCUGCGGGCCGGCCUCUGCCCCGGCCUCACCGAAGAGAUGAUCCAGGUCCUCCGGGCAAACAGCGUCAGGACGGUGGUGGACUUUGUGUCGUCAGACCUGGAGGAUGUCUCCCAGAAGUGCUCCCUGUCCUACAAGGCGCUGGUUGCAGUGAGACGUGUGCUGCUGGCCCAGUUCUCGGCCUUCCCUGCCAAUGGGGCAGACCUCUACGAGGAGCUCAAGAGCUCCACGGCCAUCCUGUCCACCGGGAGCCCCAGGGAGCACAUUGAUGGUCCCACCUUGUGUUGCACCCGCAGCCUGGACCAGCUGCUGGACUCGGGGCUGUACACGGGGGAAGUGACGGAGCUGAUGGGCGCGCCGGGCAGCGGGAAGACGCAGGUGUGCCUCAGCAUCGCGGCCAGCGUGUCCCUCGGCCUCAAGCAGCACGUCCUGUUCCUGGACUCCACGGGGGGGUUCACCGCCUCCCGCCUCUACCAGAUGCUUCAGGCCCAGGCAGAGGAUGAGGAAGAGCAGGCUGUCGGUGACACUGCUUUGUCACAGCUGGAGGCUCUGCAGCGGAUCCAGGUGGCCCGCGUGUUCGACGUCUAUGAAAUGCUGAGUGCCCUGCAGGAGGUGCGGGACCGCCUCUCCCAGCAGGCGGUGAGCUGCACGGGGCCUCUCAAGACGGUGGUGAUCGACUCGGUCUCAGCUGUGAUCCACCCGCUGCUGGGCGGCAGGCAGUCAGAGGGCUUGGCCAUCAUGAUGCAGCUGGCCAGGGAGCUGAAGAUGCUGGCCAAGGAGUUCAGCCUUGCGGUGGUGGUGACUAACCAGGUGACAAGGGACAGCAGCACCGGCCUGCUGAAGCCAGCCCUCGGCCGAUCCUGGAGUUUUGUGCCCAGCACCCGGGUACUGCUGGAGAGCAAAGGAGCCGCCUGGGAGGAGGCCACCACGCGGCGCAGCGCUUCCUUGGCAAAGUCACCACGGCAGCCGACAGGGAUGCAGGUGGAGCUGGAUAUUGGAAACAGUGACGUGCAGGAGUCGAGCCCAGGAACACCCACAGAGGGGCUCUGAUGUGGACGGAAAAGCAAAUGUCAUGGUCCAGGAGAGCUGCAAAAAAAAACAUACAAAUGUUGAAUGUUUUACAUUCAGCCCAUCUGAGUCCUGCAGCCCCAGGAAGGACCAACACCAAGCAGCUUCUGUUCUUCUGCACCUGGGAGAAAAUGUGCGUGGGGUUCUCUGGAGACCUUGCUCAGCACAUACAGGCUGCGGCGGCUGGGCCUUGUGGGCAGCACGGCAAAUGGGUCCCCUCCUGUGCAGGUUUUGUCUGCAGCCAGCAGAGCUGCCCUGUCCUCAGCUACUGGCUUGGGACCAGCUGGCAUGUCCCUGUGCCAACCUGCGGCUUGUCACAGCAGCUUCAUUCCCCCCAUCACUUGCUGUUCUCUGGUCCUGGAGCUCUUCCUCGGGCAGCCCAUGGUGGUUUUGGUUGAGAAAUUAAAAAAGGUGUUGCACACU